UCCAGGUCCAAAGAUCACCACACUGUUUGUUCAAGCCCUGAGCUGUUGGGUGCAGGGGAGAUCCUGGCUCUUCCUGCACGAACCUGAAACCUCUACUGUAGGUGCCUCUCUCACCACUGCACCACCUCACCUGUCGUCCAUCCUGCGUGUCUUUCAUCCACCUGGAGGCCCCGUUGAACCCCCUUCCUCUGUCUGGGACGAGGCCCUAUGUGUAUGCAGGACUGACAGGACACAAGAAAUCCCUUUUUUGUUUGAGGUGUGAAAUAUGGAGCAUCUAAACUAAACAUGGGAUCAGUAGUGUCAUACUUUGGCCAGCCAUGUGGACAAGAGAAGAAGAAAGAGGAGGAGAGACACUUGCGAGCUAAUGACAGACCUUUCAACCUCUCUUACCACUAUGCCAACAACGCCAUCAAGACCUCCAAAUACAACAUUUUCACCUUCCUGCCACUUAACCUCUUUGAACAGUUCAGGAGGCUCGCCAAUGCCUAUUUCCUCUUCCUCUUUAUCCUUCAGCUGAUCCCGCAAAUCUCCUCUCUAUCCUGGUUUACCACAGCUGUCCCUCUGAUUCUGGUGCUGUCUAUAACAGCAGUCAAGGACGCCAGCGAUGACAUCAACAGACACAAAAGCGACAAACAAGUGAAUAAUCGCAAGGUGGAUGUCCUCAUAGAUGGAGAGUGAGAAACUGAAAAAUGGAUGAAUGUUCAGGUUGGAGACAUAAUCAAGCUGGAGAAUAAUCAGUUUGUCACAGCAGACCUUCUGCUGCUGUCCAGCAGUGAGCCUCUCAAUCUGGUUUAUGUAGAAACAGCUGAAUUAGAUGGUGAAACUAAUCUGAAAGUGAAACAGGCCCUGACUGUAACUGGAGAUAUGGGUGACAACAUUGACGAGCUGGCUGGCUUCACUGGUGAGGUGCGCUGUGAGCCUCCCAACAACCGUCUGGACAAGUAAGGUACCCUUACUGUGAAUGGACAAACCUAUGCCUUGGACAACGACAAGGUGCUGCUGAGAGGAUGUACUCUGAGGAACACCGAGUGGUGCUUCGGCCUAGUAAUCUUCGGAGGUCCUGACACCAAGCUGAUGCAGAACAGUGGAAAGACAACAUUCAAACGGACGAGCAUAGACCACCUGAUGAAUGUCCUGGUGUUGUGUAUCUUUGGUUUCCUGGCGUCUAUGUGCACCGUCAUGGCCAUCAGCAAUGCAAUCUGGGAGGUGAGGGAGGGCUCAGUGUUCACAGCCUUCCUCCCUCGUGAACCAGGGGUUGAUGCCGCUCUCUCCUCCUUCCUCUCCUUCUGGUCCUAUGUCAUUGUGCUCAACACGGUGGUGCCCAUUUCCCUCUAUGUCAGUGUGGAGAUCAUCCGCCUGGGGAACAGCUUCUACAUUGACUGGGACAGGAAGAUGUAUUACCCCAAGAAUGACACUCCUGCCCAGGCGAGGACCACCACACUCAACGAGGAGCUCGGACAGAUCAAAUACAUCUUCAGUGACAAGACUGGCACCCUGACGCAGAACAUCAUGACUUUCAACAGGUGCUCCAUUAAUGGGAAAGGUUACGGGGAGCUGUUUGACUUUUCUGGACAAAGGGUGGAAAUAACAGAGAAUACAGACAAAGUGGACUUCCUUUGGAACCACCUGGCUGAUCCAAAGUUCAUCUUUCACGACCACAGUCUGGUGGAGACGGUGAGGGCGGGAAACCCGGAGGCUCAGGCCUUCUUCCGCUUGCUGGCUCUGUGCCACACCGUCAUGCCUGAGGAAAAGAAAGAGGGGGAGCUCAACUACCAGGCUCAGUCUCCUGAUGAGGGCGCUCUGGUGACAGCAGCAAGAAACUUUGGCUUUGUGUUCCGCUCUCGCACACCAGAGACCAUCACGGUCGUAGAGAUGGGCAAACAAGUCACCUAUGAGCUUCUGGCUGUUCUUGACUUCAAUAAUGUGCGCAAGAGGAUGUCAGUCAUAGUAUGCAGUCCUGAGGGCAAGUUAACUCUAUACUGCAAAGGAGCAGACACCAUCAUCUAUGAGAGACUACACCCAUCCUGUAACAAACUGAUGAAAGUUACCACCGAUCAUCUCAAUGAGUAUGCAGGUGAUGGCCUCCGCACGCUAGUUCUGGCCUACAAAGACUUGGAUGAAGACUACAUGGAUGACUGGAAAAAGCGCCACCAUGAGGCCAGCACUGCCAUGGACGGACGAGAGGAGAGACUUGAUGAGCUUUAUGAAGAGAUAGAGAAAGACCUGCAGCUGUUGGGAGCAACAGCUGUGGAGGACAAGCUGCAGGACGGCGUGCCACAGACCAUAGAACAACUAGCUAAAGCGGACAUCAAAAUCUGGGUGUUGACUGGAGAUAAACAAGAGACUGCAGAGAAUAUCGGCUACUCCUGCAACAUGCUGAGAGAGGAGAUGAAGGAUGUUUUCAUUGUGGCAGCUAACACGGCUGAAGGAGUAAAAGAGGAGCUACAGAAUGCAAGAAGGAAAAUGUGCCCUGAAGCACCAGAAGAAGCAUCUGUGAUUAAGGCUCGUGCAGGCCUGUUUUGGUGUCAGAAGACGGAGACUGUGCAGGAUGAGAAGGUGGAUGGAGAUUAUGGCCUAGUUAUAAAUGGACACAGUCUGGCCUUUGCAUUGGAGAAGGACCUGCAGCUGGAGCUGCUGAGGACAGCGUGUAUGUGUCAGACGGUGAUUUGCUGCAGGGUCACCCCUCUACAGAAGGCCCAGGUGGUUCAGCUUGUCAAGAGAUACAAGCAGGCCGUCACUCUGGCCAUUGGGGAUGGGGCCAAUGAUGUCAGCAUGAUCAAGGCUGCUCAUAUCGGUGUGGGUAUCAGUGGGCAGGAGGGCAUGCAGGCAGUCCUCUCCAGCGACUUCUCUUUCGCGCAGUUCCGUUACCUUCAGCGGCUCCUCCUGGUGCAUGGUCGCUGGUCCUACCUCCGCAUGUGCAAGUUCCUACGAUAUUUCUUUUACAAGAACUUCACCUUCACCUUUGUGCAUUUCUGGUAUGCCUUCUUCUGUGGCUUCUCUGCACAGACUGUGUAUGACGAGUGGUUCAUCACCUUGUACAACCUGGUUUACACCGCAUUACCUGUCCUCGGCAUGAGCCUCUUUGACCAGGAUGUCAAUGACCGUUGGAGUUUCCAGUAUCCGCAGCUCUACUCUCCAGGCCAGCUGAACCUCUACUUCAAUAAGAAAGCGUUUGUGCGCUGCAUGAUGCACAGCUGCUACAGCUCCCUCAUCCUCUUCUUCAUACCAUGGGCCGCCAUGUACGAUACGGUCCGAGAUGAUGGCAAAGACAUCGCCGACUAUCAGUCCUUCGCUUUACUGGCACAGACGUGUCUGCUUGUUGUGGUGAACAUACAGCUGUGUCUGGACACCCAUUACUGGACAGCAGUGAACCAGUUUUUUGUGUGGGGCAGCCUGGCUGCCUACUUUGCCAUCACAUUCACCAUGUACAGCAACGGCAUGUUCCUCAUCUUCACCUCUGCAUUCCCAUUUAUUGGCACCGCAAGAAACUCUCUGAACCAGCCGAACGUGUGGCUGACCAUUUUCCUGACUUCCCUCCUCUGUACCCUGCCUGUGGUAGCUUUUCGCUUCAUCCUCAUUCAGCUUUGGCCCACCAUUAAUGACAAGAUGAGGCAUAAGGUGCGAAAGGAGGCGUUGCCGGCUCCUGCACCCCGCCGCCUGCCUACUAGGCGUAUCAGCACCCGUCGGUCAGGUUACGCCUUCUCCCACUCCCAGGGCUACGGUGAUCUGGUGACAUCUCGACGGUUCCUGCUGAAAAAACCCCUGAAGAGUCGACUAGCCCUGUUCACCCAAACAGACUCUCCUCUGGCUGAGAAUCAGCCACAGCACUACCGCACCAUUGCAGAGGAGCCAGAGGAGGCACAGAGCCCUUAGAAAGGAGGUAUGCAGGAACUAAACCACUGUAGAAAGGUCGUAGGACCAACAUAGAAAGCUUUUAUUGUGAGGCCUAACUCACGCUCAUGAGAGGAUGCACAGGGUAAUAUUCACUACCUGGAUUGUUUCCAGGUCAAACUUUUACACUUAAGAGAGUCUGAGUUUUACUCAAGAUUGUUUUCAAAUGGAUGAAUGUUAUUGCUGUUAACAUGCUGGCAGCACACACAGCCUUAAAGGACCACACUGGUGGUUUUCAGUAAGUACAGGUAGACUUCUAAAGGCUUUAGAUUCCAUUCAUUUCAUUACAACUAGUCACCCUGUAGACAGUUGCUUUUGAUAGGUAAUCAAGUUAAGUUAUGAUGUUCACUGGGAUGGACCUCCUAUCUCAGGCAUGAUUUAAUAUUGGUACCUAAAUAACUGGAGUAAAGUAAAAGCAGCCUGGAAAGAACAGUCAGACUAAAACAUCCUGGAAACAUCCAGAAAUACUGCAUGCAGAUUGUAUUUAAUGGGUUAAAAUUGCAGUGAGAUUAACAUUGUGUCAUGCAUACCAAAUUUUUACAAUAUUUGUUAAGAUUUUAUAAGAGAUUGUCAAGUUAAAUGUUUUUAAAGUUGCCACUGGCUGAUCUGGAGAAACUGGAUUACCACACUGCCUGCAAUAUGAAGUUGCAUUUUGUACCUGUGAAGUGAAUUGUUUCUGUUGAAAUCUUCCAUGAACCUAUUUCCACUCAGUUGUUUACAUAAUUAUUUACAUUAAAUUUUUUAAACAUGUUUUAUUAUUGUUAUGCUCGAUGUUAAUAAUCUGUUUAAAUAUUCAGCUGUUCGUGACAGUAGAACUUUACCACUUAAUCACAGUGUUUUUAAAGUACAGCCAGGGGUCAGUGUUGUCUUUGGAACUGUGUUUUCUUACCAGAGCCAGUAAAAUAAAAGGUAGAGUAAUGGUUAAAAUGUCAUGCCAGGGACAAAUCAUGAACCAGCAGACAGUACAUAUCAUACAUGAGAUACUUUUUCAGUCCUAUCACAUAUUUUUUGCCAUUGUGACCUUCAUUUUAUCAUGACCAAAUGAAGGUCACAAUGAGAUUUCUUUGUUGCCCACUAGAAGUUUGGAUUGAAUUGUUAAAAUUUCUACACAGGGAGCUCAUUUGUGAAUAAAACAAAUAACACGGUU